CUUCCCCUUCUCAAAUGGCUCCCCAGCCUCUCUUCUCCUCCUCCUCCUCCGCCGCCGCCGCCGACCACUGAUCCCCCCGGCCGUCAAACAUCAUGUUCUCACCGCAGCCGCUGCGCAACGGCGAGACGCCGUCUCCACACCCACGGAUCUCCGCCCCUCACUUCCACUCCACUCUGUCCGCACAGAAGCUCCGCCGAUUCAACUCGCUCAUCCUCCUCCUCCGCCUCCUCGCCUUCUGCUUCUCCCUCUCUUCCUCCAUCUUCACCCUCACCAACUCCGGCGGCCCCGGCUCCCCCUCCUGGCGCGACUUCGACGCCUUUAGAUACGUUUUCGCGGCGAAUGCGAUCGUGGCGGUGUACUCGCUCCUGGAAGUGACGGCGUCGGCGUGGGAAGUUCUCAAGAGCGCGACGAUUUUUCCAGAGGUGCUGCAAGUGUGGUUCGAUUUCGGGCACGACCAGAUUUUCGCUUACCUGCUGCUGUCGGCGGGCUCGGCGGCGACGGCGCUCGCCCAGACGCUCAGGGAAGGAGGAGACACCUGUGGAUCUUACAGCGCUUUCUGCCUCCAGUCGGACAUCGCCAUUGCCCUGGGCUUCCUCGGGUUCCUGUUCCUAGGGUUCACCAGCUUGCUCUCGGGCUAUCGGGUCGUCUGUUUUGUAAUCAACGGCUCUCGUUUCCAUCUCUGAGAAUUUCAUAAUUAUAAAAGGUUCUCGAGUUAAAUAGGAUUUUGAUUUUGAUUGUUUUUUUUUUCUCUCUCUCUUUCGUUUUGGUACCAUAUAUGUGUGACUUGUGUGUUAUGAUGGCAUUCCUCAGUUGGUACAAUAUGAUUCAAGAGAUAAUGAUUGUUUUGCUAUUAUUGAUUGAGAGGAGAUCGUGGUACUUCGUUUGAUAUAUGAAUUUAGCAAUGAAAUUGAGUUUGAUAA